GCUAUAUUUGUAGAUUCUAACAACUUUUUGUCGUCCCGAAAAACUGUCAUGGAUUGUUAGAUUCCAAGUUUCCAAUCUCAAUGUCUUCCUCUUAAAACGCUGAACAUUCUCAAGUUGUGAUUCCCAAAUACAAAGUAGGAAACGUACGAGGAGGUUGAUGAAGUGUGUGGUCUGAUGGCGAAAAAGUUGACAAUGAAGGGUCUUUUCAAGCCAAAGGCGCGAAGCCCAUUGGAGCUUGUAAAGCACACGCAUGAGCUUCUCAUGUUUCUUGAUCGGAACAUGGAUGCGCGCGAGCAAAAGCGCAAAGAAAAGAUGGAUGAACUGAGCAAAGCAAUCUUGGAGAUAAGAACAGUUUUAUAUGGUGAUGAGGAAUCAGAGCCAAAUAAAGACUCUUGUGCACAACUUACUCAGGAGUUUUUCAGAGGGGACACAUUCAGGCUUCUCAUUGUUUGCCUUCCAAAGCUCAACUUGGGGGCUCGUAAAAACACCACUCAUGUCAUUGCAAAUUUGCUAAGGCAACGAGUUCAGUCCCAAUUGCUUGCUUUAGAGUACUUGGAAAAGAAUAUAGAUCUUAUGGACAUUCUGAUAAAGGGCUAUGAAGACAGCGGUGAUGUUGCUCUGUCAUAUGGUGCAAUUUCAAGGGAAUGCAUUCGUCACCAGAAUGUUGCAAGGUAUGUCUUGGAAUCAGACCACAUGAAGAAGUUUUUUGAUUAUAUACAAACUCCAAAUUUCGACAUAGCAUCAGAUGCUGCAGCUACUUUCAAGGAGCUCAUGACAAGGCACAAAUCAACUGUUGCUCAAUUUCUUUCUAAAAAUUAUGAGUGGUUUUUCCAAGAGUACAAUUCUCAGUUGCUUGAGUCUUCAAAUUAUAUCACCAAACGCCAGGCCAUCAAGCUGUUAGGAGAUGUGUUGCUUGAUCGCUCCAACUCUGCUGUGAUGGUUCAAUAUGUCUGCUCUCUGGAUAACAUGAGAAUCCUGAUGAACCUUCUUAGGGAUCCAAAGAAGACAAUCAAGUUAGAGACCUUUCAUGUGUUCAAGCUAUUUGUUGCAAACCAAAAUAAGCCUCCUGAGAUUGUUAAUGUGCUUAUCACAAAUAGGACCAAGCUUCUCCGUUUCUUUGAUGACUUCACCAUUGAGAAAGAGGAUGAGCAGUUUGAAACAGCCAAAGCUGAUGUUAUUAAUGAGAUUUCUGUUCUUGAACCCAAACCCAAGAUAUCUUCAAUCCUCAGCUUUAGAAACAAUUGUGAGGUCAAAUGUUAAUUGUACUCUUGAAGUAUAGGCCUUGUUGUAAACUGCCACUGAAAGUAAAAAUUGAAUCGUAUUGUCACCUCAAUUAAAAUUUUGUUGCAAUGUACCAUUUACGACCUAACUCCAUCUAUUGUUCCGUCCAAAAAGUUGGUGACCCUUUUCUAAGGAUAUUUUGACGUCUGUCAAACUAUCGUCACACUUUUUUUGAAGGGUCACGUGUAUAGCACCUUCAAUUUUUUUGGACAGAAAAAUAGACCAAGUUAGCCAUAAAUGGCACAUUGCAACAAAACUUUAAUUGAGGUGAAAAUGUGACUUAAUUUUUCUUUCCAGGUAACAAAUUGCCACAAGGCCUAUAAUACAUGUGCUUUUUAGUGUAAUUUUUCCCUCUUGGGUUUCCAGAAACCGACUUACUGUAUCAGAUGUAGCCCACAUAUGGGCCUAUAUAUUCUUUAAAAUUCCAAUAAAAGUUUAUCUCAA